AAAAUUUGUAUUAAUUUUAUAAAAAUAGAAUCUUAUAAGGCAAUUAAACUAUUAUCUAAGUAAUUUUCAUUUACAGACAUAACAAAAUUUCAAUUUAAAGCGGUCUUAGCAUUUAACCUAAUGAGUAUUCCUCAAGAAAUUUAACAAAAACUACCAACUAUGCCAAUAUAUAUUUAGCAAACUAAAAAAUCAAAACAGAAAAAUGUAGAAUCUGAUAGAUACAGCUUUUAUGAUCCAUAACAAUCACAAGAAAGUUAAUAAUUUUAUGACAUUCAACCAAAAAGGGCACUUCGAUCUAGGGAUGUUUCUGCAGGAAGUAAUGAUUUUACUAAAUCUAAGCAAAGUAGUUCAUAUAGAUCAAUAUCAAUUGAUAAUAAAUUUCCUGGACCUGGAACUUAUAUGCCUAAUUAUGAUUCUAUUUUUCCAAAUUCCUCAAGAUCUACUAUCCCUAGAUCUCCUAGAGAAUUAUCAAAGCAUGAGAAAAAGCCAGACCCUUGUGAAUAUAAUCCUAACUAGGCAGAUAUUUAUAGAAGGAAAAAUUCUGGAAACACUAAGUUCUCUCUAGAUAAAAGAAAAUUCUUUACAAUUAAAACAGAAUAUGAUCUAGGUCCAGGCUAAUACAAUUUAGAUAGUAGUUUUACACCAAAUAAAAGCUUGUCAAGUGUUAAAUAAAUAUCUUUCACUAAAUCAGAUAGAAAUUUAACAAAUUUACCAUUAUCAGAAGAGCCUGGACCUGGUUAAUAUAAUCCAUAAAAAUAGUAACUAUAUAAAAACACAGUUUUUAGUUAAGCUAGGUUAGAUGAUAAAACUAGCAUGUAUGCAAUUCAUUAAGUUAAUCCUGGAGUAGGAACUUAUAAUGUUGAAUUAAACUAAUAGUAAAAAUAAAGUCCUAGAGCUGUAUUUUCAUCUGAAAAAAGAUUUUAUGUCUAAGAAAAAGCUAUCCCAGCUCCUAAUGCUUAUCAUAUACCUUCUAAAUUUGACUCUUACAUUAGAAGGGAAAAUAGUUUUCACCAUAAAUUAAAUUCAAGUAAAGAUAAUCUAAAUGAUUUUUAAAUUCAAGAGGAUCAAAUAAAUUUAUAAGAUAAAACUAAAUAAUAAAAAUUAUUUUAAAUUAAAAGCAUAGCUUUAAAACAUAAGAAAAAGUAAUAAUUGAGUUAUGAAGCAACCAAGAAUUGA